AUGCUAUAGAAAUUCAAAGACGGAUUAAGAUAAAUAGAUAUUUUCGGCUAAUCUAUUAAUCUUAGUUUUCGUUAAGAAGAACAAUACAAAACAAGUAUGGGAGGUUUUUUGUCAAUCUGUAUUAUCGGAACAAUUAUAAGCUUUUUCUAUUCGAACAUAAUCAAUUUCUUCGCAAAAUUGAAUGUGACUUCUACUCAAGAAUUUACAUUUGCAGACGAUCCUGAUGCCCUAAUCUUGAAUAAGGACCACUUUAUGUUUGCAGUUCAGAUUGAACAAGAUAAUUUUACCACUAACCCUUUUUUUAAUAUCACUGUUGAGUAGCGUCACUAUUAUCGUUUUCCAAAUGGAACUUAAUAUCGCCAUCCAAAUAAAUAUAUUGAUCUCGUACCUUGCACUCUUUAACAUUUUUUACCUUUAUUCGAAUAGUACAGUGUGGAUUUUAGAGAAUAAUUUGAACAACAAAAUUUAUAAAACUUCUUGUGUCCAAACCUCAAUUUUAUUCAUAGUCUCAAUUUAACUGUUGGAGGUGUAUGGGCAAGCACAGACUACUACUUUUUAAAGUUUUCUGUCACUAAUUGUAGAGAUUCCUCAUCUAGUAAUUUUACUUGGAAGCCCACUUGUAAAACUUCAGAUGAGAUUUAAUCAACAUUAAAUAGAUAAGGAAGUUUUCGUUUUUAAGUUUAUACAACAAAUUUUGUAAUUAUAAUCAAUAUCUAAAUAGUUAUUAAAUCCAAACAGACCUGAGAAUUAUGUAUAACCUUAUUUAGCUGUAGACUAAUUCUAUACUUUUGUUCCAGAUAAAAUGUUUGUUUAAUCCGAUAUAUUUUUCAGAACAAAGAAGGUUACAACCGAUCAAGGAAUUCUAAUGUAUCCAGAUAAAUAAAAUGAAACUUUUGCCUUUCGAGAUUAUGGAGAUUAAAGAGAAUAAUUUGAAAUUUCUAGAAUAACACCUAAUUAUUAUGCGGCAUUUUAUUUUUAAAGAAGUCCAUAUUCUUAUAGAAUAAAUAGAAAAUUCUUAAGACUUGAUGAAUUACUAAGUUAUUUAGGAGGAUUUACUUAAUUUAUGAUUGUUGUUGUGGGUAUAAUAGUAAGAUUUUAUAAUCGUUAACAUUUAAUCAUAUCUAUUGCUAAUGACUUAUAUGAAUUUGAUAUGAGUUCAGGUAGGCAGAAUACUCAAAUGCAUUUAAAAAACUUAUUAGAUAGAACUUAGAGAGGCAGAGAAAUGUUGAAGAGUAAGAUGUCUAGAAAAAUAGACACUAUUCCUUAAAUUCAAACAAUUACAGCAUUUUAAAAUAAACCUGAUAUGGUAUAAAAAAGAAAACUAAAUGUUGAUAAAAAACAAUCAAUUGAGUUUUUUUAACCAACUCAAUAAGCAUUGUAAUCCAGAUUAUCUGCUAUGAAAAAUAAAUCAUUAUAAUAUUUUGAUGAUUUCAAAGAAUUUUUGAAAAAGAAACAUGUUAUUGGACUUGGUUUUAGAGUUAUGUUAAGUUCCAUAAUUCCGAUAGAAUCCUUAAAAGAUGACGAUUGUAUUGUUUUACAAAGAGCUAUGUAUAGAAAUAAUAUAUUAUAUAAGUGAUUAAGUAAAUAAAGAAUUAGAUAUUGAGUAUAUAAUCAAAUAACUUCAUGAAUUAACAAAACUAAAAAAGGUGUUGUUUAGCUCUGAAUAAAUAACACUAUUUAAUUUUAGUCGCAAACCAAAAAUAUCCUUGAUUUAAGAUAAAAACAAUAGAAGAUCAACAAGGUUAGAUUAUAAUUUUAUUUAGAUGUAUCAUUGAUGGAGUGACAACAGCUGAAGAUUAUGGAGUAAUGAAACAAUUUACUGAUCUUGUAAAUUCAUAUGAUAAAAUUACUGGAUCAGAAUAAGAAAAUACAACUUAAGAAUAAAUUAGAUUUAAUUAAAGAUUAAUUAUUUUAUUAGGCCCUGAAUUAAUGAAAGUAUUAGAGAAAGAAUUAAGUGCUUAAUAAUAAGAAUAGAUGGAAUCGGAUAAUAAUGAUCCAAAAGAUGAUGAGAACUUAUUUAGCGAUAGGGAAAUUUAAAUACAUAAAUAGAAUUGA